UUACCUCACCACAGCUGCCGAAAAGCAAUACGUGAGGAAAUAUGGCGGCAUUGGUAGGAAAGUGUCGAGCAUUGAACUCAGCCCAAAGAUGUAUGAUUCAACACAUUUGUCAACAUCGAUCAUUGAGUACAAAAAAAAGUUUACCCAAAAUCACAACCCACUACACUAUUUAUCCCAGAGACAAGGAUCCCAGGUGGAAAGAUGUUUCUAUGGAGCGGUAUGGAGAUGAAGCGGAUGUGGUGAUAGUUGGCGGGGGACCAGCUGGGCUGUCAGCGGCAUGUAGACUCAAACAGUUAGCAAACGAACAGGGCAAGGAGCUGCGAGUCUGUCUGGUGGAGAAAGCUGCUGAACUAGGUGGCCACACAUUGUCAGGAGCUUGCAUUGAACCUCGAGCUCUCGAUGAACUGUUUCCCGACUGGAAAGAAAGAGAUUCCCCACUGAAUACUCCAGUAACAAGUGAUAAAUUUGCAAUUCUAACUGAGAAGUAUCGUAUUCCUGUUCCGGUACUACCAGGGAUGCCAGUUUAUAACCAUGGUAACUAUAUUGUGAGGUUGGGCAACUUUGUACGGUGGUUAGGAGAACAAGCAGAGGCUCUUGGUGUUGAACUCUACCCGGGAUAUGCAGCAAGUGAGGUUUUAUUUCAUGAAGAUGGAAGUGUGAAAGGAAUUGCAACAAAUGAUGUUGGAAUUUACAAAGAUGGAUCACCUAAAGAAACAUUCGAGAGAGGAAUGGAAUUUAAUGCCAAAGUGACAAUGUUUGCUGAAGGUUGCCAUGGUCACCUAGCUAAACAGCUGUACAAGACAUUUGAUCUGCGUAAGAACUGUGAACCGCAGACUUAUGGCAUUGGUUUCAAAGAAUUGUGGGAGAUUGAACCUGAAAAACACAAACCUGGAUUGGUGGAACAUACAGUCGGCUGGCCGUUUGACAUGCAUUUAUAUGCUGGAUCCUUUUUAUACCACUUAGGAGAUGUCCCACUUAUAGCAAUCGGUGUUGUAAUGGGUCUUGACUAUAAAAAUCCAUACCUGAACCCGUUCCGUGAGUUCCAGAAGUUUAAACACCACCCAUCAAUUGCUCAGUUAUUACGGGGAGGAAAGAGAAUUGGAUAUGGUGCUCGAGCACUCAACGAAGGAGGAUUACAGUGUAUACCAAAGCUGACUUUUCCCGGAGGUUGUCUCAUUGGUUGUAGUCCAGGUUUUUUGAAUGUACCAAAGGUCAAAGGUACCCACAAUGCCAUGAAAAGUGCAAUGGUAGCUGCUGAAAGUGUUUUUGAUGUGAUAACUGCAGAAAGUAUCAAUUCUCCCACCAUAGGUCUGAACCCAGAAAGCUAUGAAGAGAAGGUAAGAGAGAGCUGGGUGUGGAAGGAACUCCAUGUUAUUCGUAACAGCCGUCCAUCAUUCGACAGCCCUCUUGGAUUCUAUGGAGGGUUAAUGUACACAGGCCUCUUUAACUGGCUCCUACGUGGGAAGGAACCCUGGACGUUACACCAUCAUGGUGCUGAUUGCAACAGUUUGAAACCAGCAGCUGAGUGUAAACCAAUAGAGUACCCUAGACCCGACGGUGAAAUCAGCUUCGACCUUCUGACGUCCGUGGCACUGACGGGAACGAACCACGAUCAUGACCAACCUGCUCACCUGACGCUGCGAGAUGACUCGGUGCCUGUUGAACACAAUCUUGCGAUCUACGAUGGUCCAGAACAACGAUUCUGUCCUGCAGGUGUUUACGAGUUUGUUGACAAAGAAGACGGAAGUGGAAAGCGGCUUCAGAUCAAUGCCCAGAAUUGUAUUCACUGUAAAACGUGUGACAUCAAAGACCCGUCACAAAACAUCAACUGGGUGUGCCCACAAGGAGGAGAGGGGCCUGCAUAUAACGGAAUGUAGACCAUCAUUACAACCUUUCAAAUUACAAAUUACUUACCACCAAGUGGAUGAAGCCCAGCUUUAAUCUUUUGUGCUGUUCACACACAGCUACAACUAACAUAGUUGUGCUGGAUCUUCAUUAAUUCACCAAUUAACCUCAGGGAUUCCUGCAACUGCUUCCAGAGAGCUGUGUUUGCAACUGCUGUAUAACAUAUCAAACUUCUAUAUUGAUAUGAUACUGUACAUUUACAAUUUCUUAUUGAUUGGGAUAAACAUUUUCUUAGGUCAGCUAUUAUUAUUAUUUUAUUUUGCAUGUUAUUUUCUAUUUACACUUGAGAUCUUCUCUGGGUUUUUUUUUACACAUUACUAAUAGGAUAAACGAACAAAUAGAUGUUUAAUGACAACCCCAAUACAGAAAUACAUACAAGUUAUUGGGUGUCCGAGUUAAAGCGUGUUUUUAUAAUCCAUCUGUGGUAAUAGGUUGCAUUUCACUUGAUAACUCCAAUAAAAUACAUGAAUCAUAAAUUUAAAUUCAUGAACAUUAAAUAUUGAGAAUAUGUUUCACCGUGAACAUUGUGCUACAUUACUAUAGCAUUUACUAAUUUGAUAUCAGUUGUAAGGAUGUGAUCUGUUAUACUGAAUAAAUAAAAAUUGACUGAAUAAAUUUUAUUAAUCUGAUUAGAAUACCAAGUAUGAUCAGAUGUUUGGUACUCAUUUGUAUUGUCAAAUUUUGCAUUGACAGAGUAAAUCCCAAAAUAAGCCGUUUAUAUCCCAGAUAUUAAAAUGUAAAAUGUUUUGGUCUCAUAUUAUCUACAUUCUAAUGUUUAUGCAAUAUAAUAAUUGUACAUAACAGUUACAAAGUAACUUUAACAGCAUGUUGUGAUAUUUGGUAUACUGUGUAUGAAAUAUUGUGUUCUGAAUAUAUAAUAUUGUAUGACUGUCCUUAUUCACAAAAACUGUCCAAAUAUAUUUAUCUGUAUUAUGGUGAUGAAAUUGUGUGAAUUGUAUAUAUUUUUGUAAACAUUCACAAACUAAAGUGAUCGUUUUGGGUUUAGUGUGGAGUUGGAUGUGUGCUUUGAAGAAAUGAAGUGAGUGCUGUGAAUAUUUGUUCAAGAAUACAUCUCUAAUUUGUGUUAUUUAUAUCUCAAAUAAACAAUUUAAAAUUACUACAAAGUGACGUUACAUGUUAAACUGUUUAUCAUUUGGAUGUACUUUGGGUUUUAGUGAAUUUUGGUUCUGUAUAAUUCAAAUAAGAUCAGUUCUAUAUGACAGAAAACAGGUUUUUUUUAGUUUGCAUUUUUGUACAAUGACAUCUCUCAUCUCAGCUGGUAUAUAUUAGAUUAUGAGAAGGAAUGCAACAGUAUACAUUAUGUGAUGUCAUGUAUGCCUUGUUUACACAAUGCAAUAAAAAAUGAAAAGGGUGUGUUAUCAUCUAGGGGUGUGUGCAAGAUGUUUUUUUUAUAUUAUCUAGAAUGGCUUUCUAGUUGUUGACUACUUUCUUAAGAUGAAUGUUAACCAAAUGGAAGGAGUCCAGUGUUGUUAUCUGACGACAAUCAUUAAAACAGUUUCCUAGCUCUCAUGUGGCUCUGGCAUUUUCUAUUUAAAUUUUUUAAUUUGCAAUAUUGAUAUUUAUUAUUGUAAAUCUGAAUGUUAUAUAUUCUAUUGUUUUUAAUACUUUUUUCUUACCCAUUGUUCGACAAUACAAAAUACUUAAAACAGAUUUUUUUGGUCUUAAAACCAUCCACUUUAAGAAUCGCAACAAACAUAAAAUGAAUAUAAAACUUGAUGUUUCGUCUAUUCUACAGAUUUCUUCUAGAGUAUGAAUGAAGCAAAAAACUCAAGGUAUAAAAAGGUGCUUAGUCCAUUUGCGUCAAAAGGGAACUGAUGAAUUGGCCACAAACUUUAUAAUAAAUAAUUCCAAAGCUCAUAUAACAAUAUACAUGUAUUAAGUUUUAAACUUGCCAUAAAUAACUUUCAUCACAUUUUUAUUACAAAAACAUUCUAUGCAAAUAAAAAAUGACUAUAUAGAUUAAUUCUCAUUUUUAGGUAUCCAGUUUCCCUGCAUUGUUCGGUAAAAUAGUACACUGAGACUAAAGGUAGAACUGAAUGCUGGUUGGCUGUUCCAUUACUGUAGUUGCCUUCAUACCUGUAUCAAAAAGAUUUAACUUACGCAAUUUAAUGGUAAUUGGUACAACAACAAAAAACCUCUUAUUUAUACUGAUUUAAACAUUUUUUAAAUGUUAUUUGAGUUGGUAUGGGUUUAAAAGCAUAUUGUCACAGACCACUGACCUAUUAAAUAGCCUAACAAAGUAUUA